CUCCCCUCACGUGAGUUGACAAGAGGUAUAAAUCGGCUCUCUUAGUCGAACUAAGUGUCACUAGCCCCCGUUUACUUUAAACCGACCUGUAAUUUUUGAGUGUUAAGUGAGAAGAAAAAAAUUAGUUCGCGCUCGGUUGUUCAGUUGUUUUGCAAUAAAUGAAUUUGUCUAGUAGAAAUCGCGUGUGUUCGGAAUUAAAACGUAGAGUUAGCGUUUCUGCUCCUUUUUCUCACACUGCAAUGAUAUUUUGCUGCAUAAGUUUCCUUCUCAUUCUUGCGUACGAAACAGAAGGCUGCUCCGGUAAUCUUGCUCUUGAUAAAGGCACGAUCUGUGACCAAGAUGGCAAGAUUCUACUCCGAGCUGGAUCUGAUGACUCUGCGCAGAUGUUUAUAUCCUUGAUCGAUUCCAUACUGCGUGCUUCUAGGGAUUCAUCUUUGAAUAAUGUCGUAGACGAUCAGGGUAUCAGUAAAGAUUCAAAAAAUUUGCAUUUUGGAAAAAGCACAAAGCGAUCCCAUUCAAACCCAAACCCAGAAUUGGAAAUGGAUUAUACCCCGCACGAGGAUGAAAUGAUCCAGAAAUUAUUAUUACAGCUCUUUCAACACCCUCGUAGAAUCAACAGGGCUGAAACAAAGCCUGGAGAUUACCUAUUGCGAGCUUCAUAUAUCCCAAGGCUGGGAAAGAAGAGAAGCAGCCCUACUGAAAAUCUUUAAUGACUCAAUUUCUGAAACCUUUCUAUUUGCUGCAUUGACGACGGCAUCCUCCAAAACACAAUUAUUUGUCCAAAUUUUAAUUUUUCUGAUUUUAUGCCAAAACUUCAAUUAUUUUAUGUCACUGCUGUUCAUUAAUUGCAUAAUGUCUGUGCGUUCUUUUGGAUAUUAGCUACAUAAAAUGUUUUUUCUCC